CUUUAUUUGGGGGCUACGGCCCCCGCCUGGCCUUUACAGGGGUCGGCAACGCUCCCAGCGCCCCAGCCCGGUGCGGGAUCCUCAGUGCCGGACCGGUGCGCGCGCGCCAAGUUGGCUGGCGGCCGCGGAGCGGGGCUCCCGGCAAGCGGGACUACAAGUUCCAGGGUCCCCAGCGGCGCGUCCCGGGAUCGCCCGCCCGCCCGCUCGCUUCGGCCCGGCCCGCCGCUCCCCCGAGCCACCGCCUCCUCCUCCUCCUCCGCCUCCUCCUCCUCCUCCGAGUGGCUGCGCGGGUUCCCGAAAUAGCGCCGGGGGCGGGGGCAAGGGCCGCCUUCUUCAUGCCGUGGGUCAGCCGUGGGGCCGGCCUUGGGGCUCGGCUGCUCAGCGCCGUGCGGGGCGGCUCCGCGCGCUUCUUCGCCGCCCUCCGCCUGCUGCCUCGGGACCCCCGGGCCACGUGCGCCGCCGCGGCCGCUGGAGAGCCCCCAGCGCCCCGGGGCACGUGCGCCGGCGCAGGCAGCGGCCCUCGGGCUCAGCCCUCCUUGGCACUGCGCCGCCUCUGCCGGGCACAGGGAUCCGGGUCAGCGGCGGCAGCUUCGCGGGGGGCCACCUUCCGGACCUGGGCAGCGGCCGCCCCUCUGGCCAUGGCGGCUAAGGUGGACCUCAACACCUCCACCGACUGGAAGGAGGCCAAAGCUUUUCUGAAGGGCCUGAGCGACAAGCAGAGGGAGGAGCAUUACUUCUGCCGAGACUUUAUCAGACUGAAGAAGAUCCCGACCUGGAAGGAGAUGGCCAAAGGGGCCGCAGGGAAGGAGGCCGAGGAGCCCCAGUACAGAAAGGACAAGGCCCUGAACGAGAAGCUCUCCCUCUUCCGCGGGGACAUCACCAAGCUGGAGGUGGACGCCAUCGUGAACGCCGCCAACAGUUCCCUGCUCGGCGGUGGCGGCGUGGACGGCUGCAUCCACCGCGCCGCCGGGCACCUGCUGACCGAGGAGUGCCGCACCCUCCACAGCUGUGAGACGGGCAAAGCCAAGAUCACCGGAGGGUACCGCCUGCCUGCCAAGCACGUCAUCCACACGGUGGGUCCCAUCGCUCAGGGCGAGCCCAGCCCCGGCCAGGCCCAGGAGCUUCGCGGCUGCUACCUCAACAGCCUGCAGCUGGCCCUGGAGAACCGCCUGCGCUCUGUGGCCUUCCCCUGCAUCUCCACCGGAGUCUUUGGUUACCCCAAUGAGGCCGCGGCGGAGGUGGUCCUGGGCACCCUCCGAGAAUGGCUGGAGGAGCACAAGGACAAGGUGGACCGGCUGGUGAUCUGCGUGUUCCUGGAGAAGGACGAGGAGAUCUACCGCAAGCGGCUGCCUCACUUCUUCCCAGCGGCCUGACGCAGCCCCUCCCCAGCCCCCGAGCCGGAUCCUCCCCGGGGGCUGCAGUCCCAGCUCUGAGGACACCCGUCAGCUCCGGAUGUGCCGCCCCCGACCCCGGGGCCCUCCCCGCGUGUUCAAUAAAUGGUUCUGCUCAG